AUGUUAUCUCCCUCCAAAAGCCUGCGGGUGACAUUUCUCGGCCCGCUGGCUUCAUUCUCCCACCAGUCCGCCAACUCAACAACCGCUUCAAUCCUCCCAAAACCCUCAUUCGCAGACGCAUUUGCUGCAAUCCAAUCCAACGAAGCUGACUACGCAGUUAUUCCUUUCGAGAACUCCACAAAUGGCUCUGUCGUACAGACUCUAGACCUCCUCGCCGACCGCGAUGGCCGCUACAAUGACAUCGUCGUGUGCGGGGAGUAUUAUCUAACUGUCCACCAUUGUCUGCUUGUCCGCAAGGAGGAUGCUACUUCAGACGCCUCCCACCCUGAAAGAAUCUACCCUCGCAUUUCAAAACUCUACACCCACCCGCAAGCCUGGGGCCAAUGCGAGCGCUUCCUCUCCAAACACUUUCAUGGCGUUGAGCGACAAGAUGCCCCUUCAACCUCCAAAGCAGCAAGCAUCGUCGCAAAUACCGGCUGUGCGCUACAUGACGUUAACGGUAGCGGCGAAGGCAUACAAGCCGCAAUCGCCAGUUCCUUCGCCGCCACAUACCACAACUUAUCCAUCCUCGCCACAAACAUCGAAGACCGCGCAGGCAACACGACACGCUUCCUCGUUCUGCGGAAUAUUAAUAAUGAGCGCACGAGGAGCGGAGAAGCGGAUUUUUAUCCACCGACGCCAAGCAGCGCAAGCACAGCAACACCAUCGAAACUAAAGACCCUCAUCUCCUUUAUGAUCGCGCAUGAAAUCCCCGGCGCCCUCGUUGAUGCGCUGACAAUCUUCCGCCGCUACGGACUCAAUUUAACCAGCAUCAUGCCUCGACCUGGCCAGAUUCGGCCGUGGCAGUAUAUUUUCUUCGUUGAGUGUGAAAGGAUUCGCGGCGUGCAUCAGGAGGAUGUGGUGGAGAGGACUAUGCGGGAGUUGGAGGGGAAGACUAGCUGUUGUAGGGAUUUGGGGAGUUGGGGGGAUCGGUUAGGGGAGGGGAAGGGAGAAGAGGAAAUCGGCAAAGGGGAGGAAUAA